AUGGCGGCUCUGGCAAGCACCACAGGCGCGGGCAUGAAGCUGAGGGGACGCCGCGGGCCGGCGGCGGAGUGGACGCUGAACGGCAUGGACUACGAGUACCUGCGCGAGGAGGUGCGACGUGCGACGACGUACGCGGGUGGGCGCGAGGAGACGGACGGGCGCGUGCUGGGGAGGCUGCUGGGCGCGUUCCGGGCGGAGCUGAGCAACGUGAACCUGUUUGUGAGCCUGAAGAUGCGGGAAAUCACGGCGCGACUGGAGACGGUGGAGGCGGGGAUCGUGGAGUGGCGGCGGCGGAAGGUCGGGGAGCCCGGGGCGCGGGCGCUGCGUCUGCGGCGCGCGAACGGGCAGUUGGCGCAGUGCAGCGCGGACCUGCAGCGGCUGGCACGGUACCUGCUGCUGCAGAAGGCGGCGCUGCGGAAGCUGACGCGGCGCCUGGUGCGGUACUACCCCUACGAUGAGGCGGAGGUGGAGGGCUUUGUGGCGGCGCUGUACGCGUGCGACGAGCUGCAGCAGGGCCACGAGGGCGUCGUGUUCACGGCCGUCGACUUGGAGCCGUAUCUGCUGGAGGUUUCGCUGAUCAUGGGUGUGCUGUACGACCUAGAGAUGAAGGACCGGAGCGUGGAGCGCGCGCGCGAGCCGCCGAACAACGUGCUGGGGCGGCCGAUCACGUCGUGCCUGACGUUCGACACGCUCUUCCUGGGUAAGUACCACUUGCUGCAGCGGCUACUCAUAUCGCAGGACAACGUAGGCGAGCUCAAGUUUUUGCUUAUGAAGCUAGAUUACCAAAUGAUCGACGAUGACGUGCUGUCGACGUCGCGGCAGCUUGCGAACGGUGCGUUGCCGGGCGGAGACCCUAUAAAAGGUAGCUGUAAGGCGCAGUCUCUACGGUUCUUCGACUUCGGGGCCGCGCGGCCUGCGCGGAUGCGCCGCAACAGUUCCCUGCCCGACAAGCUGCGCACCCUGUCGCAGCUCCGUACACACAUGUACCCGCUCGACAAGCAGUUUAUGACGGACGAGGCGUACAAUCAGCACCCGAAUAUCUUUGUUCGCGGGCAGCAGGACGAUGCGUGCUUGCUGAUGUGCCACGUUGGAGGGAUGCGGAAUCACAUCAUCACUCAAAAUCUCCCGCUGCCACUGGUCUUGGAGUGUCUCACCAAGCGCCAGUGGAGCCAUAAAAAUAUACCACUCUCUGCACUAGAUAAACUGUGCCUUGACUGGGUACGUACCAAUAACUUGGGUCUGAGUGACUUUGUCAUCUCAGUUAAAAGGACAAGGUUUUUUACAAAACGCGAUGAGGUUAUCAACGGCACUGCCUUCACAUCUGUGUAUCUUAUAACCUUAGAUGAGGAGGUUUUUAUCAACAAUACAUUAAAAUUGCCUCAUGCAUUCGUGGAAGUGAGGAAACUAACGAAUACUGUGGUUACCCCAAAUAAAAGUACAAACAAAAUCGAUACUGAGUUAUCCCAUCUAAUUGAUGUUAUUUUAGAUAUGUCAUUAUCAUGCUAUCCAUUAGCGCCGUCUAAUACGCUGUGGAAAAUGGCAUAUUCGUUAAAAGACACACCUGCCGAAGAGAUAGAACGGAGUAUGUAUGCGGCCUUAGCAGCUGCAGAUUUUCAGGAUUCUUCCAAUAUCUCCGGUGAUAUACUCUUUUCCAUUGGCAGAAGGCGGCUGGAUCAAAUGUCAACUCCGACAGUACCCCAGCGCACCCCUUCGCUUGCCAAGUCUUCGCACAAGAGCCAGGAUGCCCAGUCCCCUUCUUCCAGUGGCGAAACGCCGCAACGGAAGAGGUACUGGAAUGAACUGGAUGAGCAGAAUGAUGCAGACGCACAAGAUUGUUUUUACAGGGACCCUGAAGAACUGCAUACCGGUGACUACGAGGCUGAACAUGGGUUCAUUAAGUUUGAUAAGAAUUUUAUCCUGAAUUUUUACCAGUAUCUCCACAAAUUAAACCAUAUCUUCUGCUAUCAGAAGAAACCUCCCAAAGAAUACACCGUUGUACCCUGUAGUGGCGACUCGGAGAUCACCAGAAGUGAGCUAACUCCGCUAAUCCGCCAAAACUCCGAAGCUAGGUCGUAUUCAGCGCUUGAGGUGCAAAGCACGUUGCCGGGAGGUGGUAGCCAACUGCAAGUUCCAAACUGGGAUGACGAGGCUGCGCUAGUAUGUUACGAUGAACUUGAUGUCCUAUAUGGAUACAAGCACGAUGAGGUGGUCUCAUUGUUUUACCUGACGACCCUGCUCGUAUCUUGCAUAACCACAGGUACCACUGUGGGAAUCAUGUUUUCAUUGUUCAGCGCUCUUGGAAAUGACCAGACUGAGUUUGAAGGUAGUAAUUAUAUCACAGCGUUGAUCCUGGUAUCUCUAGUGGUGUCCCUCAUGCUGAGCUCGUUUAGCUUGCUUCUGCUGUUCAGUAGGUACCAUAUGGCGCCAUGGUGGCACUAUUCAAGCUGCAUUAUCGUCUUCAUUCUCGUAACAUUGUGCGUUUGUUAUGGUGUGGUAAAAGUAUUCAUUUGA